AUGAGUGGGCACUUGUUCCUGUCCCUUCCUCUGACCACAGGCUGGACCACUUCCAACUGUCUAGUGACUGAAGGCUCCUGGCUGCCUAUGGUCUUCUGCUUCUUCCUGAUCCCCCUGGACUCCAGCCUGCCCCUCCUUGCAGCCUGUUCCUCAGUGACCGACCGGGCACCAGUCUUGGAGGUUGUGCCCACUGUGGAGGGGCUCUGUCUUGCGCUCCAUUUCAUUUUGCCCCUGGAUGCCUUCUCCCACCUACCUGGGCUCAAGAUCCUGGGGCUGAACCUGCAUGACAGCCAGCUCCUGCCAGGAGUUCUCUGGGGCUUGGGGCAGCUGCAGCAGCUCCUUUUCAUUGGCCACCACGUGGAUUACCACUUCUUACCCCCUGAUGCUGACAACUGGAGCUCCCUCUGGUACCUUGUUUCCUCGGGCCCUUGCCUGGAUGGGAACUUGGAUGUCUGGUUGCCUCCUAGUCUAUGGUGGUUGGUUAUCAAGUAUAGUUGCCUUCAGAAUGUGGGGGGACUGGCUGACAUCUUCCCAGACCUCAUGUUUGGACCCUGGACAUGUUGGACCUGUCACUCAACAACUGGCUGA